AUGAAGGAGAAAGCGUUGAGUGCAAGAACAACAAUUGCGUUAGAAUAUCAAAAGAGAUUACAUGAAGCAGUUGAAAAAAUUAAUAUGGUGAAAGAAAAAUUAAAAAAGCAGAAGAUAAUGAAUGCAGAAGUAUUUAAAAUGGUGGUUCAUCAAAAGGCCUCAGAGGAAAUUAGAGAUUCUAUCAAAAGGAAGUACAACGCUGUUGAGCCCUCCGCCUUAGACAGUAUGAAACACAUUACGAAAAAGGAAAAAGUACCCAACCCUGUUGGAGUGAAGGAUUCUAAAAUAGAGAGAAAAAUUUUUAAAGCGUACUGUCAUAUCGAUGAAUGUGAACGCAAUCCAAGAAUUAGCAAAAAGCAAUUUACUCUGCUGAAAAUUAGGAUAUAUGGUACCAUACUGGCCCUACCCUUUGUAAUCGUAUUAACCGCACUGGGAUUAUGCGCAGCAGGAUUUGCCCUCUCUGAAACUUACCAUUUCUGCAGCCUCGGACUGUGCGCCGUGAGCUUUAUAACAUUUCUUUACAUCCUUGUAAAAGUAUUGAAAUAUGACCUGAGAUCCAACGGUAUAUAUAAGCCUCGUUUCAUGGAUUAUGUGAGAAGCUUUAGAAGAUGUAUAAAAUGA